AUUUCGUGACCGGCGCCUGUCCCCGAAUAUGUCCGCCAAGUGGAGAGCCAGUCUGCGGUAGCGACGGAGUGAUCUACGCGUCCCAGUGUGAAAUGCGAAAGAAGAUGUGUGGAAAAGGCGUGACCAUAGCUACGGAAAAGACCGCUUGCCUAAGGUCGUCCGGUAGUAAGUGCGAGCACCGAUGCCCCGGCGAUCAGGAUCCGGUAUGUGGUACCGACGGUCGCACGUAUCUCAACAAAUGCAUGCUUAGAGUCGAGAUCUGUCGAGUCGGUAUCGAACUGUCACACCUGGGCCCAUGCAACAACAUCUCCGCGCACAGGGAAAACUGUCCAGUCUCCUGCGACUUUGCACCACUCGAUGGGCCGAUCUGUGGAAGCGACGGCAAUGUCUACAAGUCUACGUGUCAAAUGAAGCUGCUCACCUGCGGACAAGGCGUCGUACGUACAAAUAAGAAGCACUGUCAAACCACGAGACAUUGUCGUGAAUCAUGCUGGCGUGGUGCUAAGCCAGCCUGUGGUAGCGACGGAAUCCUCUAUUCGAACACCUGUAAAAUGCGAGCAAAGAACUGCGGCAAACACGUGUUCGAGGUGCCGAUGUCAUACUGCGUGUCACUGGAACGGACGUCCGGUGGCCAGUCGAACGCCUGUCCCUUGGACUGCAAAAACGAGCCGGAAGUUCCAACCUGCGGAUCGGAUGGAAGCAUAUACAAGAACGAGUGUGAGAUGCAAAUGCUUAAUUGCGGACAAGCAAGAAGAAAAAUAACCGUGGUUGACUUUGAGAAAUGUCGAGCUCGUUUGACCAAGUGUAUGAAACAGCAGCAAAGAUGCGGAAAUGAGGUGGAUCCAGUUUGCGGAAGCGAUGCGAAUACGUAUCCGAAUCAGUGUCACUUGAACGUCGCAGUGUGUCUAAAGGGUAUUCAAUUGGCUCACGUCGGAGAGUGCACAACCUUGAAGGAGACCGAACAGUGCCCCGAAGAUUGUAGCGAAGUACCUGAGGAACCAGUUUGUGGAAGCGACGGCAAUGUUUAUCGGUCCCUUUGUCAUCUGCAGCGUGAGACAUGUGGUCAGAGGGUGGUUCAAGUUCCAGCACAGCAUUGUCGUACCACCGCACUUUGCAACCAGAUCUGCAGCGGAGAACGGCAGUUUGUUUGCGGUUCCGACAAUAAACUUUAUCGCAACGAGUGUGAGAUGAAGAGGGACAAUUGCGGAAAACACGUGUACGUGGUGCCUAUGAAGAGGUGCUUGCAAGGUUUCUUAUUCCGUGGUUGCCAAAAGAUCUGUUCACCUUACUACGAUCCUGUUUGCGGUACCGACGGCAUGACCUACAGCAACGAAUGUUUCUUGGAAAUCGAAAACUGCCGUAGUCGAAGCCUAGUUACGAAAAAGUACCAUGGUGUGUGUGGUCAACCGACUGAAGAACCUAAGAAUUAUUUGUAU